AUGGUGUUACAAAUGGCGAGACUUACUGACGAUGCCGGCGAAACGUCAGGAAAAGUACCAUGUCCACGGUUAGACUUUGAAAAUGAUCAUGUAUACAAUGGACUCCGGACUAGGUGCGUUUUUCUAAGUCCUCCUAUCAAUAUGACGAAGUUGCGAAGGCAAGGUCAAAAAACCUCUAUAGAUUAUUGCUCUGAUGAUGUAAUUAAAAGUACAGGCAAAAACUUACACAGGUUGAUUGGGAUCGCAGGACGGUUAAGCGAGGGCUUCUCCGCACAAUUCCAAAGUCAUCGCUCCUUCGAUUAUCGAUUAAACCAUCUCGCUAAUUUCGUACAGGAACUUAUCUUGCUAAAUGGAAAGUCAUGUCCUACUAUCCUGGUUAAAAUAUGCCCAUUUCAGCGGUCACAACACUUUACGGAUAUAAUAAGAGAAUGGAAAUAA